AUGGAUGCGGCCAACUGUGGACCAUCCAACGCGCUACAAAAUUUAUCGAAGCAUACCCAAAGGGACAAUACAUUACAGAAUGAGAUUAUUAGAAAUCAACCCCAACAGGGAAAUGGAUUCAGAAACCAAGCAAUAGUGGACCAGAGACUAAACCAAGACUUCCAGCAGUUUAGUAAUGGGCAGGCAUUUAAUCAGUAUCAGCCAGAGCCUGUUCAUCAACAAUUUCAUCAGCAUCAUCGCCAGCAUAACCAGGCUCAGCAUAGUCAGCAUCACCCUCAACAAGGAUGGGUACAAGAUUUUUCAAAAAUGAGUAUAAAUCAACAGCCAAGACACCAGGCUGGGAAUAUACAGAAUGGAAAGGUACAGAAUGAUUGGCACCAGCAGUUUAUGAACCAGACAUCACAACAUCCAGCACAGAAUAACGUAGCAUAUCAACCACAGCAUCAGAUGGGGGGAUUCCGGAUGAACAUGAGGACAAAUUUAUCGAAUUCGUUAUACCAGACUAGAGGAAAUGUACCUGAGCAUAAAGAGAUGCAUAAGAUGGAAGAAGAGAACCAGAUUUUCGAUGCGCAGUUCGACCAGAUGGAGAGAGAAUUACAGCACGAGAAUAUGAGCAACGAGCAGACGGCAGAAGUGCAAAUGGAUGGAAAUGAGUUCGAAAAGGAACAGUUUGCCAAAACGGCAAAACAGGUGCAAGAGUCGAUGCUUAAAGGCGAAAACGCCGAAACGAAUGCUAAAUUCCAAAACUCGAAUUUCUUGAAGCUAAUGAGCUCAAUUUCGAAUCGAUCAGUGGAAUUGUCGGCCGAAGGAGACAAGUUGGUGAGUAAACAAUCAGGCGAAGACAUCAGGGAUAACCCCGAAGUUGUCACGUCGCAGACACCGACCCCAGUGCCAGUAUCGCAGUACGACCAAUACACAAACCAUAUCCCCAUGUCGCAAGACGACAUGCCCACCCAGGAGCCACAAACACUGCACUUGCCCGACCCGUUAGCACACAUUAAAAAAGGUUCGAUUGAAGGAGAUGUGAGUCCAUUCCAGGCAGCGCAGAUUGUGACUGGGAACCAGGUCAAGACAUCUGAUUGGAUGGAAGAUGAUGAUUGGCUUGACAUGACGGAGGACGCACCCUUCCCGGUGAUGGGAGGCCCUCAAAGAAUGCCACCUAAACAUCCUAGAAAUAAUAUCAUGUCGGACGAAUGGCAAGAAGUAUACGACGACUACAAGCACGAUGACGAUUUUAAUUAA